AUGGAUACUCAGGUCAAUGGCAAGGUAGAAUUGCUCGUACCCGUGGUUAACAAGACUGGUAUUAAGAGGCCACGGCAUAUCGUGUUCGGCAAAAUAACAACCUUCUCAUCAUCACAACACUCAUCAUCAGAUAAGAAUAACGAUUUUAAGCUGUUAUACUAUCGAUCCACAGGUUCAGCGACGUCAGACUUUCUCCAAGCACUAUUACAGAAGAUAAGAUUCCACCCCGACAGUCUCCCCGACCUCACUGGUCAAACAUUUUUAGUUACGGGCGGGAAUUCUGGCAUGCCAGUCUUCCCCCACCUUUCUUCUUUCCCCUGUUCCUCUUUCCAAGGAGUAAACUGGCUAACUUACCAAAACACAGAGGCUACCAGACAGUCGCACGUCUGGCAGAACACGGUGCUCACGUUUACAUAUAUGGAUCUCAUGGACCUUGCUAGCGUCAUUACCGCCGCUAAACAGCUCUGCAUAGUUUGUAAUAUUCGUAUCGUCAACAUCACUUCGUCGGGCCACUUGGGGGCGCCCCAGGGCGGCAUUAACUUUAACGACCCGUCGCUCAAAGAAAGCGGCGGCCCAUGGUCUCGAUACGGGCAGAGCAAGUUAGCUAAUAUUCUACAUACCAUGGCGCUGCACCAAGAAUAUGGCCCCGACUCACAGCGCGCGCAGAAUGGGGGCGGCGAGAUAUGGGUGUCGUCCGUUCACCCCGGCGUGGUCGACACGAACCUUUCCGGAUCGGUAGGGUCGCCCGUAAUGAGCUUCCUUUCCGUUAUGCGCUGGUUCGGACUGAUUUUGCCUGCGGAUGAAGGAUCGUGGAAUACUUUGUUCUGUGCUGCGGGUUCGGAUAUGAAGGCAGAGUAG